AGGAUGCUGCUCUUGAAAGCAUCCGGAAGCAAUCUCUUAAACGACUGCAGCUAAAGCCUGUUAAUGGACGUCCUCUAAUCCUCGGGUGCACUUUUCAGUCCGCAAGAGGAGCUGACUCACUCCCCUGUCACCUCCUACCUGGAGGAGGGCGCUCUUUAUUCAGUUUCCAUCCUCCGUGGAGAGGCUGUGGCGUGCUGGUCCAGGCUAGACGAAGAGCUGGGUACUUCUCCAAGUGCUCGUCAUCCGUGCUCCGACAGGCCGGAGCAGCACUGUGAGCAUCACCGCAUCACAUCCACUCGACAUGGACUUCUCCAUCCGCGCGGCCAACCUGGACGACUGCAAGGACAUCGCGCGGAUGAUCAUGGAACUGGCAGAGUAUGAGAAACUGGCAGAGCAUGUGAAAGUGACCCAGAAAGACUUGGAGCAGGAUGGCUUUUCCAAGAACCCGUUCUUUCACGGGAUCAUCGCUGAGGUGCCAGAACAGCACAAAACCAAAGAAGGGCACACAAAGAUCGGCUAUGCACUUUACUUCUAUUCCUACAGCUCCUGGUCAGGCAGAGCCAUUUAUAUGGAGGACCUGUAUGUGAUGCCUGAGUUCAGAGGGAAAGGUGUCGGUAAAGCACUAAUGAGCAAGGUGGCACAGCUGGCUCUGGCUGCUGGUUGCCACCAGCUCAACUUCACCGUCCUGGACUGGAACAAACCAUCGAUGGACUUUUACCUCAGCCAGGGCAGCUUCGAUAUCACUGCUUCCAUGGGCUACCACUGCAUGCGCUGCGAGGGGGAGGCGCUGGAGCACCUGGCUCAACCUUAACCCAACCCUCAUGACCUUUCGUGACCUUUGCAGCCAUGAGGUCAGGCCACACACUGCAGGGAUGGAGCACCACUCAGUGGCCUCUUUCCAAAACUUGACAAGCUGAUUUUUAUUGACUGUUUGCUAAUCCCUGCCUUCCUUAACAUUCUAACUUUAAAGCCAUUUAGCAAUGUGUUGCAUAUUAACUAUAACAUUUUUCACCAUUUUUAUGCAGCAAACGUCACCUACAUGUUGGUAACUAGCCUUUACUUUACGGAUCACUUAAAGUUGGUAGAAACACACCCCUACCACAGUAUAAUAUUUAAGAGAUAUAACUUUUAAAAUACCUGUCAUUUUAAUGGAGAGAGACAGAAUACAUAUCACAUAAGAGUUCUAAACGGAAUUGCAUAUUUUCAUUGACUGAAAUAAGUAUUUGAUCCCCUACAACCCAGUCAGAAUUCUGGCUCCCACAGAUUGGCUGUGUGUGGCACACGGAUUACAGUCAAUCAAUGAAUUAAUGAUUCCACAUUUCAGUCUCUCCACCACCAUGGACAAGAACAAAGAUCUGUCAAAGUCAAUGUCAGGAACAAGAUUGUAAGCUUGCACAGGAAUGGGAUGGGCUACAGGACCAUCACAGAUAGAAGACAUAAAAGAACCAUCAGUCAGCCUCAGCCUAGAUCUCCAUGCAAGGUCUUGCCUCAUGAGCUGAGGAUAAUCAUGAGACAGGUGGUAGACCAGUGCACUAUUAAAGAUCUGAAGGCAGUUGGGACCACAGUCACCAAAAACACCAUUGCUAACACACUACUCUCUAAUGGACUGAAAUCUUACAACACUUGUAAAGUUCUUCUUUUCAAGAAGGCCUGACUUAAGUUUGUCAGCUGAAUGAUUCAGUGAAAGCUUGGGAGAAAGAAAAUCAACUCAACCUGCCAUGUUUGGAGGAAGAGAAAUGCUGAGUAUGACCCAAACACCACCAUCCCCACAGUCAAGCACGGAGGUGGAAACAUGCUACAGCUAAAGGUACAGGACCACUUCACUGUACCAUGAAAUCUUGGACAAGAACUUUGUCCUCUGAGUCAGAACACUGAAAUGAGUCAUGGAUGGGUCUUCCAGCAAAAAACCCCAAAACCCACAAAGAUAAAAGACCAGUGUU